CUCGGGAAAGUGUUACUAUCGCUGUCAUCGUCGUUAUCAACAUCGUUUUAAAAGCGUCAUCGCAAACAACGAUAUUGUUACUACAUGAACCCUAUAAAAACGACUGGCAUUAUGUCACGGGUUCUGCAGUCGGUGUUCAGCUAACGUUGUAUUUCAAUCGACGCGAAUUAUUCUUAUUUUCUAGACUUCAACACCUUUCACCAUGACAUUUUACACGACGGUUAGUUAUUAAACUUUAUUAAUAAUAUCAUUAUUAUUUUUAUAGUUUUUAAUACUAUUAUUUAUUUGAUUUGGCAAAUAGUUUUAGUUUAUUACCAGCUUAAUUUUGUAGUUUAGUAAUUUUGGUUAGGUGAGAUUAGAUCUGGAUAUUUGAUUUAUUCAGUGAAUAAAAAAAUAAACUAAAAUUAUAGUUCAUAAUUUUAUUUUUAAACUUAUAAAUUGCCAUACCAAUAUACAAGUUGAAAAGCUAAUAUGUCUGAAAUUCACAUUUUUGGUUUUUUUUUUUUAUAGCCAUUACACACGUCAUUUGUAUGGCCAAUUUAGAUAACUCGUCAGCAAUGAAAUAAUAUUUCGAUAUGAACAACCUAUUCUCGUUUGUUUUUUGGUUUUAAUUCAGUUAAACAUAUUCUAGGAACUUUUAACAAAAAAACUUAUAAUUGCCUUUUCUAAAUGAGGGAAACAUUUUCAAAAUAUUUUAUGAGCCAUUUUUGCCAUUUUAAUUUUGUAUUUUUGCGAGAUUUGUCUACUGUUUGGUAAGUAAACGAUAAACCAUUGCUUACAAGAAAACGAUUCUGAGCAGAGUUCAGUGAGAUCGUGAUGCUUUGUCAACAAUAUGUAUGCCAUAUUAUAGUAAAAGAAUCGAAUAGACUCAAUUUAUUUUUUUUAAUAAUAUUCGUUUAAUAUUGUAACGAUUUCCCCUAUUUUCCUAUGUUUUUCCGAGUUUUCCCAUGUUUUUUCCCAUUUUUCAAAACUGUUAUAAAACCAUAAGCUUCUUCGCUUUACUCAGAAUCUAAUAGGAUGUAAAAUUAGAAGUUAUUUUUUUUUCAUGACGGUUUCAAGAUCAAAUAUUGAUGAAAGUCAUAAAUAUAACGUACCAUUUAUAUAUUGUAUAAAAAAACUUCCUCAGUAUUGUUUUUCAAUAGCAAUGGUUUAUUGUUGCGAUUUAAAUUUACGAACUUUAUAUAUUCUACCUUUUCAACUUCCCACCGAAAAAAACAGUGGGGCUUUUUCUUGUAGUAAAUCAAUUCAAAAUAUUAACAGUGAGUGACAUAAAUGUAGACAAGGAACUUUAACCUAUUUGCUUUUUAAAAACAUUCGAGCCAUUUAUGAGCUAGUUUAAUUUUGCGAGUAUUUUACGUAAUUUUUUAUUGGUAAGUGGAUAUAAUUUUUAAAAUUGUUAGAAUAAACAGAUUUACUUGAACAUUCGACAGGAAAUUUGGUUUUAGUUGUUCUUCAAAAAAUACAAACAAAAAAUGUAAAAAAAAUCGUAAAUAUUUCGACAUUUCAAAACAUGUAAAACCGAUCUUCAUUCCGAAUCUUUUUUUGUUAGUAGUUGAUUUUCAUUGAUACGGGUAUAAGUUUAAAAACUUUAUGUAACUUUAUCGACUCGCUUCCUACAAGCAGUUUAUAAAUGUAGCUGGAGUUAAAGAGUAAGAUGAAUAAACUAAAACUAUGUUACAAUAGUAUAACGGAAAGUGUUCCUAUCAAAUCUUUAUUAAUGCAACCACUAAAAGAUUAAGAUCAAGGCACCCGAUCCGAUCAAUAGAAAAAAUUCUAACACAUUGGAUGAUAUAUGGAAACAAUGCUGGGAAGAUGGUUAUGUAAAAAAUAGAUAUCUGAUAAGUGACCCUGUUCAAAGAGUCCCAGGGUUUGACUGCCCAAGAGCCAUGUGGACCAAUCUACGUAUUCUGUUUAGAAUAUGUACGGAGCGGUGCAAUUGUAACUACCUUCUAUACAAAUGGAAAAUAAAGAACUCCUCUCAUUGUAACUGCAGGCAAAUACAAAUCAUCAGGUAGAUUGUAGAGGAAUGUCCUCAAACUAGAUACAAGGGAGGAAUUAAGGGACUCCACAAAAGUGAUGACGAAGUAAUGGAUUGGUUGUAUAAGACUCAAGUUCGCCUUUAAACAUAUUAUGAAAUAUUAUUAUUAUUAUCUUUGUUAUUGUUAAAUCUAUUAGUAUAUUUUAAAUUGUUUUUAUACUACUAUCUACCUUAGUUCUAGUAAAUUAUUUAUAUUUUUGUUAAUUUAAUGUUAAUUGGAUUUGUUUUUCACCUAUAUAUCUAUGCCAUAUGAAUAAAAAAAAAAAAUUAUUUUUUAAAUUUAAAAUAUCUUUCGUAUGAACAUAUUUUAAAAGGCUGUAAUUUAUUAAAUUUUUGUCAAAAUUGGAUACGAAAUUCUCAAUAAUAAUAAUCGAAAUUCUACAUUAUGCUCAACUUAGAGCGCAUCACGAGAAAUGUUGUUUUGACUCAAUUGUAUAACCUGUAUUUCUUAAAUAAAGUAAUUAUUAUUAUUUUAUUAUGAUAAUCAAUAAUGGAAAUAGAUCUUUUUUUAUUAGGAAUUGAUUUUGUGUUAUGGAUCUAAUUGGUGCAAGGGGUCGUAAGUUACCUAACGUACAAAAAAGAAUUUUUCCGUCCGAUCUAACCUUCUCAUGUAAUCCGGUAUAUGAUCGACAGUUUAGGUAGUAUAUGUAAGUACGUAGAUUUUAUUCAAAUACAACAGCGAAUCGAUACAAAAAUCUCUGCUUAACAGCACUCAAGAAGUCUCAGCAUUUCUUCCCCCCUUCUAGCACCGCAAAGUCCGUGUUCAGGGGAUCCGCGUACUAUGCUAAUUUGAUGUUUUGUAAAUAGCUAAACUGAUGGCCAUCGUCGGCCAAUCAAACAUUAUAUAUUAGUCAUACCAUCCACCGGACGUCCGUCAUUAUACUUCAGUUGUCUUCAACCUUUUUGGACUCACGACCCACUUUUUUAGGCGUACAUUAUUCGUGACCCACAUAAGGCAUACAUAAAGAAAAACGUUUGUAGAAAAACGAAAAAAAAAAAUCUAAAAUUACUUAAUACUUUGUAGUAGUACUGUUAUAACUGAACAAAUAAAAAUAAAAAAAAACUUUUUAACGGGUACGUAAAUAUGACUAGAAUAAUAACGCGACUAAAAUUUAUUCGUUUUUAAACACAGCGACAACAUCGACAAUGUUCGUAGAUUAUGGGACUCUUUAACGAUAAUAAUAUAAUAUAUUUAUUUUAUUACUAGCCCGGUUUAAUCGUAAAUUAUUAUAUUUAAUGUCAUACUAUAAAAAAUCAUACCAGUAUAAAAAACAUACUGUGAUUUGAAAUCCAUUAUACUAUAAAUAUAUAAAGAAUAUAAAUUAUAUAAUAUUGUUUAUACAUAAUAUAUUACAAUAAUUUUUAUCCUGUAUUUUCAUUUAUUAAUUUUCUAAUUUUAAUAAUUAAACAAGUAUUUCUAUACCUUAUAUAAUUGUAUAAUCUUAAUGUUUAUUUUGUCAUUGAAGACCACUGUUCUACAUGACUGUCGUCAUACACGCGCAUGCAUAGUGAAUUGGGUUUUCUAACAGACAUCUUGCUCCGAAUCUCAGGAGUAUUGAGUAGCAUGUUUUCCGCUACAAAAUUGUAUCUAAUUGAUGAAUAAAGGGAGUUCAAUUAUUUUUAAAGUUUUGUGUCGGUUUUUAAUAAUUGGGAAAACUCGGGAAAAAACGUAAGAGACGGAAAAGUUACGGUUUUAAAGAUUUUAUUCUUUCCAAUUUUGAUUUUUUAUUAUAAUUUGGUUCAAAAUUUUCGUAGAAUUUGUGUCUUCAUCUGGUGGUUAGGUUUGGGGAGGAAAAGUAAUGAUAUAAUUUAUACACUUAUGUAUAUUUCGAAUCAUAUUGAAAACUGAAUGUCCAAUCUUCGUUCUGUAGAACUGAUUUUGCGUUAUUAGUUUUAAUUUAGGCUUAUAAUAUAAAUUAAAGAUUAGAACAAUUUCCGUGUUUGUACGUCGGUUUUAUUCUGAUAUUUUAAUUUUUAAGCAAGAUACAAAGUUAUUAAAAUUGUAAUACUUCACAUGCUCGUAUAUUAACUUUGGCUGUGAUUUAUAUUUUCAGAUAAUAUAUAAUUAAUUUCAUUGUCAUUGGAAUUUUUUCCUUGUAUAAAUAAAUAAAUAUUUUUAUGUCUUAAAUUAUUUUAUACUUUCAAUUUAUUUCUAUUUUUAUUUGUAUGUAUAAUAAUUGAAAAAAUACAUUUUCUCACAGAUACGUUGACACAUUAAGGAUUAGAAACUGUGUGUACAAACUUGUGUGGAUAACGCCGAUUAUUUAUUUUAUAUUUUUUAACAAAAAUUUGAAAUAUUCAUGGUUUUGAAAGUGCUCUUAAGAAAUAAAUCCAAAAUCCUCAAGAAUGCUAGUGAUUUAUCACUAGUAUAAAAUAUGUUUGUGUUUGAUUCUCGCAUGCUCAUAUUUAGAAUAUUUGAAUUGUCAAAUUUUCAGACAUGUACAAGUAUUGAUAGCCAUCCAUCAUCACAAAAAAACUGAUUUUUCUUCAUCAGUGUUAGUCAGAAGUAAUAAAACUUAGGUCAUAGUUCGAUUAGCCUAGCGAAGACUUUCUCGUAAAAGUCAUCUUACCUCUGUGUGGAGGAGUACUGCCCAUUUUGUUGCAUAGUACUGUGAAUGGUAGUGAAUUGAAUUAAUAUAACUUUACAGUACCAAAUUAUCUUAAUAAUCUAUAUUAAUUAUAUCUCUAAAAUUUUCCACUGGUGUAAGCUUCUUUUAUUUUUAUUUUUACAGAUAAUUAUUUCAUUUGUUAUGGCUAUUUUAGUGAUUCAACGUGCGUCAUGCAACCCGUGUGGUGAAUACGAUGAAUUUGGAAAUUCAUUGGUCCGUGUACAUGCAAAUGAUUGCGUUUAUGAUGUGAACAAUUCACCCGACGUUUUAGUCGUUAAACAACCCGUUGUUAUUGGAAAUACAUAUGGCAGCGGUUAUGAAUACGCCAACGGUCACAGAUACGGAACCAGUGAACAUGAUAAAGUUGUACUUGUUGAACCUGCUGUCCAUACUGGCGAAACUUUCAGACAUAAUCACCACUAUAAUGGAAGAAAUAAACAUGGGCAUCACAGACAAAACAGCGUAUUCGGUGGACAUCAUAAUCGUCAGGUCUACGAUGGAAUAAAUCACGGAACACUACCAGACGUUGUAGUUCUCAAUGGAAACUCAAGAUCAAGUUACGAGAAUCGUCAUCAUACACCCACAAUACUUUAUGAUUAAAACUAACACCUACAAUAAAAUUUAAAGUAUUCCAGGAACAAUAUCAUGAAUGCACAUAAUUAAAGUACUCACACUUAACUUCUAAGCGUAUGCACCAAUAUAAACACAUCAUUGAGAUGUAAAUAUUAAUAUGAAUGUUAAUAAUGAUAUUAUAUUAUUUAAUUUGUCGUUUUUAAAUUGUAUUGCAUAAACUCCGAAUAUAACCAAAUGUGUAUAUCGAUAGAAAACUGCAUUUGCGGAUUUGUGUUUUAAAAUCGUUUUAGCGAACUACAAUGAAUUUUUAAAUUUUCCUAUACUGUAAACUUUAACGAUGAUAAAAAUGUUUCCCGUUUGAUUGAGAAUAUAAGUCAUUAGAAAUGGACGUAUUAUAUUAUUUUAACCAUAAAAUCAUAUUGUAUUCAGAUAUAUUCGUUGUUGAAUUCAUCCAUUUAUGUGUGUGUUCAAAAUCGUAACUUAUUCUUACGCUUUUCCGACUUUAGAACAUGCCGUUAAAUGAAUUGUGUUCAAUGUUUCCUAAUAAUAAUGCCUUUCAAUCCACUUCUGACUUUAUAUUCCCUACAUUAUCUUAGUCUCAAUCAUCCAAAAUAUCUUUGCAAUUUCGGCAACUUUCAACUACCAUGUGCAACUAUGUGGUGUUACAACACAGUAAAAAUAUUAUACUUCGUAAAUCCUGGGUAAAGUUACGUUAGGUUAAAUAAGGUUCUAAAAUUUAAGAAAUAUCCAUGCUGUUUUA